AUGAUAGAAAUUGGUACGCCGGUAUUUCAAUCGUUGAUAAGGUAUAAUGAUUCACAGUGGUAUGUGAUAGUGACCGACAAGGGGAAGCAUUUCUAUUUCAAUAAGGCUUUGAAAAAGUCCUCCUGGUCAAUUAUCGAAUUGGUGAGAGACUAUCAAGUGAAUAAAGAUGAGUUUGUGCAUGGGAUAAACUUUGACGAAGUAGCGCUUCUUAUGGGUAAAGUGAAUGGCCUAGCAGUUGAUGACGAGAAGAAGGCUGCAGAGGCGGAAGCGAAGGAGGAAAAUGAAGUAGAACAAGUGGAAGAGGAAGAGGAAGAGGAAGAGGAAGAGGAAGAGGAAGAGGAAGUAGACAAGCUUGACCUUGUUAAAAAUUUGUUGAAAGAAGAAGGUUAUAUGAACGAAAAGAAAGAAGAACCCAAAGGGUUGAGUCUUGGGUACUCUUCCAGCGAAGAGGAAGAAGAUGACGCCAAAGAAGAGUCCCAUUCAGAUCAAGAAAGCAUUAAUAAAGGACUCGAUUUAUCAAUUUCAGAUGACGAAGAUAUCAAUAAAGAAGAACCAGUUUCAGAUGAAGAAGACAUUAAUAAAGGACUAGAUCUCUCAGUGUCUGAUGAAGAAGACGGAAAUUCAUUUUUCCAGCUUCUCGACAAAUACAAAGACCAAAUCUCAUUAUCAGAUCCCUGGUUCAUUGUUCAGGAUGAACUAAUAACAGAAUUUAUGAAAAAUCCGGAAUAUUAUUCAAUAGACGAUAACUUGAAAGAAUCAUUAUACGAGAAAUGGGUUAGGUCUCAAGAAAACCCUCAAUCAACAACAUCAGGACCAAAAACAUCGGCAAAACCAACAUUAAUACAGUCAUACUAUCAUUUUUUACAAGACUUCAAAAACGAAUUGAAAAACUUAUAUUUCAACGAUUUUAAGCAAAAUUUUAAAAAUGAAUUUAAAAAUUUCACCCAAGAUAAAGAUGAAAGUCAGUCCUUUUACGAAAAUCAUUAUAGAUUAUUCAAACUUACUAUCAAUGAUCAUUCAAAUUUAGAAAAAUCAUUGAAAAAACAGAAAAAAUUACCAAAAGACAUCAAUUUCAAGAAACAAAGGCUAACUGAAUUUUUGAAUUCAAACUUGUCCCCAAAAGAAACUUCUAAUCUUAACCUAGCGUCGUCCAAUGACUUCGAUCAAUGGAUACAUCUUUGCAAUCAACUUCAUUUACCCCUUAAAGUAAUUCAAGAUCCUCUAAACUUUAUUGUUGGUGACGAAAAAAGACUACAAUGUUACCUUGAAGUUUUAAAUAUCCCAACCUAA